CACAAUAAAUCUAAUAACUAAGUAGCAAAUGUUUUUUAAUUCAAUUCUCUUUCCAAACAUAAUUGCUUAACUAUAAACCCAAAAGUGUGACUAGAAAUACAAUACCCAUGUGCUUUCACGGACCCUUGUCGCUUAUUCUAAGGGUCCUGCCCACGGGCUCUCAGAAUAAUAAUCUCCUGAUCCUGGGCCUGGACAAUGCUGGAAAAUCCACCUUAACAGCACGUCUCUCUGAGAUCUUUAAUGGCAAAGGCAAGGAAGCCACUGCUCAGGCCAGUGAGUGGAGAUUAAGGAUCAAUAAUUCCAAGGUCAAGUUGUGGGAUAUUAAUGGGGAACUGAAGAACAGGCAACUUUGGCCCAAUUAUUACCAAAAGGCUAGGAUUUUGAUUUUUGUAGUAGACAGCAAGGAUGCAGUGCGUCUCAGCGAGGCUCGUUGUGUCCUAUGCGAUGUCCUUUUGCAUGAGGAACUAAACAAGGCUGCGCUCCUAAUUGUAUCCAAAAAAGAUGCCCAGGGAUCUUUGCCCAUGUCCACAAUCGUGGAUUUAAUGGGUCUUGAUCAAUUGCAGGGCAGGGAAUGGACUAUUAAGGAGUGUUCCUUGCAGACUGGCGAUGGCGUUCAGGAAAUUGUGAACUGGAUUACCAGCAAGACCAGCAAGGCCAAGAAGUGAAGUUUAUCAGUUUUUGCAUUUUUAGAUAUUGUACAAAAAUUGUUCUAUUUAUAUUAAAUGUCUACUAAAAAUUGGUAGUGCAUACAAGAA